AUGAUGUUCAAGGGAUUUACAGACGGACCUGAUCUGAGGCCGUUUGCCUGCGAUUGGGAGUCCUGUAACAAGGACUUCAAACGCAGAUCAGACCUAACGAGACACUACAAAAUUCACACGAAUGAGCGGCCACAUCCGUGUACGGCCCCUGGCUGCGAAAAACGCUUUAUCCAACGCAGUGCCCUCGCCGUGCACACUCGAACGCACACCGGCGAGAAACCGCAUAAGUGCAAAUACCCCGGUUGCAUAAAGAGGUUCUCAGAUUCGUCUAGCCUUGCUAGACACCGCCACGUACACACUGGGAGCCGUAGUCGCAGAUGCGCGCACAUCGACUGCCCGAAGAGCUUUUGUCGUAAUAAGCUCGCUGUCAGGCAGAGGGAACACUCUCAGCAGCGUGAUAUCUUCGGCGGACAAAUCGAUUGCAUCUCUGAUUCGGAAUCCAGCCGCUCGUCAUCUAUGCCAGCCCAGCCAUCCACCCCGCAGCCUCUUCAUGGCAUCACCGCCCACCAACUCUCGACUUUACAAGGAAGCUUAUUCCAACAUACUCCACCUGCUUCCGAUCUCGAUGGCCAGGUACACAUCUGUUGCAUCGAUGAGCCAUUUCACUCCCCUCACGCCGCUACGGACGAGCUGCAAGACAUCACUACACUACAUCGAUUCAGCAGUAUGCCUCUGUAUGGAAUUGGACAAGGCAGUUCCCAUAUUGAGACGAUGAACUUGGACGACCAGUAUACUGGGUCGAUUGGGCAAUCUACAAUGGAUCUGUCGUACUCGUCCCUGGGUCUCAAUACUAAUUCACACAACAGCCCUGCCAGCAUCCAGUCAACUUCCAGUCAUAGCGCCUUGUCGCAAAAGGGCUAUCACAAGUAUCUGGGAUUGCAAAAUUCAACAUACUCUCUGAAAAACUUGGCUCAAGCGCGGCAGCAAAUGCUGAUCCACCCGGGUCAAAUUCCAAGCCAUAUUGUGGGACGAUAUGGUUCUCCUACAUCGGUGAAGUCUGAGCCAUGGUAUGGAUACGAGACGUAUGGCGUGUACAAUAUAUAA